AUGGUUUUGGUUAAAGGGAAUCACGCUGGGGGUUCAGGGAAGAAGAGGGGGAAGGGAAGGUGGAAAAGGGAAGGUGGAAGGGAAUCCGUCCGCCGCCGCUGCUCCUCGCUGCUCGCCGUCACUCUUCGUUGUUCGCGUCCUCGCCGCUGGAUCUGCCCGCCAAAUCUCGUCGUUGCUCCUCUUCCUCGCUCGACGUUGACACUAGCAGAUCCGCGAGGGCAGACAUCGUGCACCGCUCGCCGUUUCUGCUCCUCCUCCUCAGUCGGUCGCCGGUUGUCGUCUUUGAUCAUGUAUCGUUCUCUCUCUUCGAUUCUCUAUGUCCAUGGAUCUUCUCUCUUUUCUCUCUUCACACCCAAACCUUCACGGUCUCUUAUCUCUGCCUUCUUCUCAAGAUCGUUGCAAAACCACAUCGAUGCAGGUCACAACCCACCUCGGUGAAUUUGUAGGAUGGUGGCAGAAUGGAGGAUCAUUUGUCAUCUUUUGUAUUUUGGAUAUUUUGUUAUAGAUAUACUCUCACUUUUGUAUCUUAUACUUUGAUGCCUUGGAGGCUUACUUAGAGAGACAGGUUGUAUACUGUUUUAACUUUCAAAAACUCUGUUAUAUUUGUAUUAACUA